CUCCAAGGCUCCAAGCACAUCGGAUAGAGAGUAUUAGGCAACAACGUGUUAACCGGGGCAUAUCCCACAUUCCUGUUGCUGAAGCACUUCGACGAAUUAGAAUGGGGAUUGGUGCCACUGGGGAACGGGAACGCCAACAACGACAAGAUCUUUAUGGUCUAAGCAUUGGCUCUAACAGAACCAAUAUGCCCAGUCAGGUUCCCAUCCCUGAGAUUUUGCCCCAAACUGAAUUAGGAGGCAGCCGACGCCUCCGUUCUCGUCAGUUUUCGAGAGUAUUAUCAGAAAGUGCUGAUUCACUUUUAUCCAUUUCAUCUUCAUUAAAUAAUGCGGAAAGAUUAUUUGAUGACCUUGAGUCAUAUAUUAAUAACCAUCUUUUCGAAACAAGUCAUGGGCAGGCUCUAUCAUUUGGUGGAGGGGAUACUUUUACUGGCAGUGCUUCUGUAGUACAACCAGAACACCAGACUGUAGAUUCUAGUGCUGAAAUCAAUACUGCAACACUUACUGCUUCAUCUUCUGAAAGAAUUCAUGUUUCUACUUCUGAUGUACACCUGGAAAAUCUAAGACAUGAUACAGCUACUGAAAUCAAUUUAACUGGGCCCCGUCCUUCUUCGUCGUCUUCGAGGAGAAGGAUUCGCCUUUCCAGAGUUUUAGAUGUGGACAAUGGAAUUUCUCGUGAAUCUAGGAGGAGAAGAUUGGGUUAAUGUCGUUCUUUCUGCAAUCUAGUUGUAUUGCUAAAUAUUUAAGAUUUCAUUUGUUUAAGUCAGCUUGUUCACUAAAACAUGAAAGUUGCCAUCUGCAAAUUAAAGUUAAUUUAUAAUCAUUCUGCAAAGCAUUAUUAUUGACCUUGGUCAGUUUUAUCCGUUCUCUGUUGAAUGUUGGCUGCUGAUUGUAUGGCUAGGCACAUCUGUAAGGCAUAGAGCAGAUCGUCUUAUUGGUAAGUGUUGUCAAGUCUAUUGCAAGCUUUAUAUGUUUGAAUACGUUGUGCAAGUACACAGACUUCUUCCUUUAUUUUAUUACUUGCUUUCCUUGUGGUGUGUCAUUGGUUUUCUUUUCUCUGAUGACAAAAUCAAUGGGUUUUGGACUAUGAUUUAUUUAUCCAAAACAAUAAAUAUGUGAAAGGUUUUGGAGUGUAAUUGUUUUACUUUAUGUAGUAAUUUCAGUUUUCAUUCUUGGUGUGUGUGAAAUCGCUUUGCAAUGACUAGUUGCCAUAUCAUCUUCACCAUCUUUUAUUCCUUUUUAAGAUGCAAUAUGGAUUUAUUUAUCUUUUUACAGUCAGUAGACUCUACUUGUUUCUGCUCUUAGUUGAAUAUGGGGUUUGGCUUACGAGGAGCGAAAACCACUCCUCUAGUAAAGAUCUUUUUUAUCAUGCUUCUCUGAUUCCACCUUACCUUUCUCUGUAUCCAAAGUCCAUUCAUUUAUGUGAAAUGAAAAAGAAAGUAAUCUGAGUCUAGACACACUCAUGGUAGGAAGAACUGAUGGAAUAGGAGAACACAAAUACCCUGAAUGUGGCAUUCAACUUUGCUUAGUUAUUACUUUUUAGUUUUUACUAUAUUGACUAGGUUAAAAGAAGAUAUAUCAUUGUGUAAUCUUCCUGUGUCCUCUUAUCUUCUUCUUAGCCUGAAUUUUAGAAUAAGAACCCAUAUCAUGUGGCAUACUCCAAUUUUUUCCCCCAGUGAAAUGGACCACUGAGUGCUGUAGACACCCACUAAUACUGUUCUGAGCCUGCACUUCGAUAUAUAACUACUGUUCCAGCAUUAUUUCAAAAUGCAUUACCUUGCACCUAUCUUUGAUUUUGAUGCUUUACAAAAAUAGCUGUGUCAAGAUGCAAUGCCUUCCAUCUUUCUGUUUCUUCAUAGGUACUGUCUAAAGGUAAUAAUUUUUUUUGUUAAGUCAUCAGUAUGAACAUUCAGUGAACCUACUUGCUUGUAGCAAUAGAAUUUUUUUUUUUUUCCUAACUCAUAUUGUGGCAUUCAGAUCUUGUUCUGGAAUCUUCCCCUUGCAACCAUAUCUUCUAUAAUUCUUCUUUGCAGCUGAAAUUUGGGUUUUUCAUGUAUCCUUUUAAAUAAGGGCACUCUAUCCAUAAAUCCAAAUUUGAAUUUUCUUUGGUUAAAGGCCUGCACUGUAAAAUAUUUCGUGUAUAAGGAUAAGCUAGCACAAAAUGAUCAAACUACCGAUCAAUAUAUAUGUCAUAUGGUUCAAAACAUAUAGAUCACCACCAUCUUCUCUCUCUCUCUCUCUCCAACACCACCACUAUCAUCCUGUCACCUCCCAUUCAACCCCCCCUCCCCCACCUUCCCCGUCUCUCUCCUCAUCCACUCUCGCCCUCCUCCAUGGCAGGAUCAUGCCCGACGUCGAGAGCUGGCCGGAAAGUCAAGAUCUGGUUAAGAUCACGCUCAAUCUCUCUCUCUCUCUCCAAUUCCAGUCACCGGAGACCAGAUCUGGCACUGCCAACACCCUCCUCCGCCAGUCGCAAGAUCCAGGUCCAGAUCAUGGUGUUUCUGGUUAUAUUAUGCAUAGAUAUGCAUAUACAUGUAUUUCUCUCUAUAUGUAGAUAGUUGUUCCAAACUUCUUUCUCAGCUCAAGGUAAUCAAAAGAAAUGAACGAGAUAAAGAAAGAGGAAAGAGAAGGCAUCAGUCCCAAUCAUGCACAGAAUUUGAGAUGUAACAGAGAUGACUCACAUCCAAGGCUGCUGAACAGAGACUGGCCAUUUUUGGGCAUGGAAGCUGCAGAUCUGGUUAUGUGUGUGUCUAUCUGUGUGUGUGUGUUUUUUGUUGGUGUGUUGUUACAGUGGAUAAUUCCAACAUACAAGUUUGUGAAAUUUUAAACAGAUAGAUCAGAUCUUUGUAUUUUUUUAAACAGAUAGAGAAGUGGAUAAUUCCAACAGACAAAAAA